AUGGCUAACAGCAGCACCAAUUCGGAUGACCCACCAGUGUCAAAAGAAGUUCCUGGAAAGGCGCGGAAUACCUCACCGCUACUUGCAGACAGUGGUUCAUCGGCAUCUUCAGGAGGUGACUCUGAGACGUUUUCCCUCGAUGAUACGAUGAGAGAUUUUCCUGUCCAUUUCGACCGAACCUACCACAAAUACAAGGCAGGCAGCUACCCUUUCCCAAACGAUGCUCAGGAAGUAGAGCGGAUGAACGAACAGUUUUGUCUCAUUAGGGCUGCACAUGAGGGCAAAAUGUUUAUGGCUGACAUCAAGGAGCCAGGCAACAUAUUGGAUAUUGGAACUGGUUCAGGUAUUUGGGCUAUCUCCGUAGCUGAUAACAUAUUUCCAGAUGCUCAGAUCACGGGCAUUGACUUGUCACCAAUACAACCUCAUAUAGUCCCACCAGGAGUUCGGUUCGAGCAACAAGACUGUUCAGAGUUGGAUUGGUGUCGACCAGCCGAUAGCUUCGAUUUCAUAUUCAGCCAAUGCUUGAUGGGUAGCUUGAAGGACUAUCAGCAACUUCUGAUCACGGCUCGGAAGUAUCUUGUUCCUGGAGAAGGUUGGAUGGAAUGCUGCGAGGUAGAUAAUAUACCUUCUUGUGACGAUGGAACUAUGCCUGAAGAUUGGCCUCUCAAGAGAUGGUCGGAAUGGAUGGUCUACGCCACUGAGCAAGGCGAAAGACCUCUCAGGAUAGCCCCGUUUGUCAAGAGAUGGAUGAUAGAAUCAGGGUACGUUGACGUUCAAGAAGUGGUCGUCAAGAUUCCUCUAGGAGGCUGGCCAGCACUUCCACGCCUUAAGAAGCUUGGCAAACGUUUUCACACCCUGGUUCAUGACUCUCUACCUGCUGCAUCGUACAAGACCUUUAAUGAGGUCAUGAAAUGGGAUAGAGCUAAGAUCGAACUGUUCUUGGCUAGUGUUAGGGAAAUUUACGGCAGAAGACCCUCAGCAGAUGAGGAGAGACAAAUGGGUCGGAUGGCGCCUCCACCUCCGCCUUCGCAACGGAAGGCGAAGACGUGA